AUGUCAGGAAACGUUGAGUUUUUAGCAAAGGUUCUUCGCACAUUUCCUGGACUAAUAUGGUUAAGAGAUGAGAGAAAGCGAAGCAUAUUUCAUAUCGCUAUAAUGUAUCGGCAGGAGAAUGUAUUUAACCUAAUAUAUAACAUAGGAGCUGUUAAGGAUUACUUGGUAGGAAAUAAAGACUCCGAUGGUAAUAACAUGCUGCACUUAGCUGGGAUGUUGCCAAAUCAUGAUCAGGAAAGACUUGGCGCGCCGAGAGCAAACCUUCAGAUGCAACGAGAACUAUUGUGGUUUAAGGAAGUGGGAAAGAUUGUCAGACCUUAUCAGAAGUUUGGUAAAAAUAAAGCUGGAAAGACACCCAGAGAAGUUUUCAUUGCCACCCACAAGGAGUUACUGAAAGAAGGGGAAAGAGCAAUUAAGGGGACAGCUAGUUCUUGUAUGCUUGUAGCAACGCUCAUUGCUGCUGUUGUUUUUAAUGCAGCCCUCACAGUACCCGGUGCCAGCAAUAAUGAGAUACCACUCAGCACUCCAUUAUUCCACAAACAGCAAUGGUCUGUGAUCUUUAUUCUCUCCAAUGCGGUUGCACUCUUCACCUCGACUUCCUCAGUAGUCUUGUCACUCUCAGUUCUUACUUCAAGCUAUGCAGAAAUGGAGUUUGAAAAGUCGUUGCAUGUGAGGUUGAUGUUCGGGCUCACCUCUCUCUUUGUCUCCAUAACAGCCAUGCUCCUGGUCUUCAUCGCUGCCAUAUUUUUGAUCUUUGACUACCAAUUGGCAUGGCUUCCUUAUCUUGUUGUUUCUCUUUCCUGCGGCCCUGUGGCUUUGUUUCUUUGGUUGCAUUUUGAUCUUUGGGCUGAUUUGAUCCGCUCAUGUUACUGGUCUAAAUUUUUGUUCCAGCCAAGUGAGCACAGAAUUUUCGAGUGA